AUGAAAACCGAUCCUAGUAGUUUAUCGAAUCUUACUGAAAUAACAACAACUCAUUUGCAUUUGAAUUGGGAUAUUUCUUUUGAUAAAAAGAUUAUUCAAGGAUAUGUGGUUUUGGAUUUGAAAACGUUAGUUGAUAAUGUCAGCAAAGUGGUAUUAGACACAAGCUACCUUGAUAUUCAUAAUGUGGAAUACAAUAACAGCUUAAUUCAGUUUAGUCUUGCUGAAAGACGAAAAGCUUUGGGUUCAGCAUUAACAAUCAACUUGCCUGAUGUUCUUCGCGCCAACACAGCCUUUCAACUCAAAAUCAUGUAUGCAACAACAGAAAAAUGUACUGCUGUUCAAUACUUGACUCCUGAACAAACUCUUGGAAAGAACCAUCCUUAUCUCUUCUCUCAAUGUCAAGCCAUUCAUGCUCGUGCGUUUAUUCCUUGUCAAGAUUCUCCUUCUAUCAAGUUGACUUAUUCAGCUAAUGUUACUUCUCCUUUACGAGUAAUUAUGUCAGCUUUGGAACGUGGUGUUUCUCACGGUGAUCGUCCUGGGGUCUCAACUUAUUCUUUCCAUCAACCUACCACUAUGCCUACUUACUUGAUUGCUAUUGCCUCUGGAAAUUUGGAAAGUCGUGAAAUUAGUCACCGGUCCAAAGUAUGGUGUGAACCUGAAAUGAUUGAAGCUGCUGCAAAGGAAUUCGAGGAUACAGAAAAGUUCCUUGCCGCUGGUGAACAAUUAUUGACUCCUUAUGACUGGUCUCGUUAUGAUCUAUUGAUUCUCCCUCCUUCUUUCCCUUAUGGUGGUAUGGAAAACCCGUGCUUGACUUUUGUUACCCCUACAUUGGUUGCAGGCGACAAAUCUGGGGUUCAUACAGUGAUUCAUGAAAUUUCUCAUAGUUGGAUGGGCAAUCUAGUGACUACAAAAGAUUGGACACAUUUUUGGCUGAAUGAAGGACAUACCAAAUUCAUUGAACGAAAGAUUGUGGGUCGACUUUAUGGCGAACAAGAAGCUCAAUUGAGCUGUAUUAUAGGAUGGAAAGCUUUGAAAGAAAGUGUAGAACUCUUUGGAAAGGAUUCAUUGGCUACUGUAUUGCAACCAGAUCUCAGCAAUGGUGUUGAUCCUGAUGAUUAUUUCUCCAGUAUUCCGUAUGAAAAGGGGUUUAAUAUGCUUUACCAUGUGGAAACAGUUGUUGGUGGACCCAAGAUUUUUGAACCCUUUGUCAAAUCAUAUGUACAACAUUUUGCAUCAAAGUCGAUUACUACGGAUGACUGGAAGAAUUACUUGUAUGAAUAUAUGAGAAGGGUACAUGGACAAGAAAUGGUGAACAAACUGGACUCUAUUGAUUUUGAUGCUUGGAUUCAUUCACCUGGCAUGCCACCUAUUCAACAUCCGGAAACUCUGUUUGAUACAACUCUUGCCGAUGCUUGUUAUUCACUUGCCAGCCGUUGGAAUGCGUCCCGCGACAAAACCGAUUUCUCUGAUUUCUCUUCUAAGGAUAUUGAAAGUUUCACUACUGCUCAAAAAUCUGUGUUUUUGGAACGGUUAUCUGAUCAACCUAGUUUUCCUGAUCACUUAUUGAAGGCAAUGGAUGGAUUCUACCAUUUGACAGAUGUACGUAAUUCUGAAAUUCGAUUCCGAUGGCAACUGGUAUGUUUGAAGGGCAACUAUAAACCUAUAUAUCGUCAUGUUGUGUCCUUUGUGACUGAACAGGGCCGCAUGAAAUACGUACGACCUCUUUAUCGACAACUUUCUCUUGCAACCGAUGGUGGUGCUGAAUUGGCAAGAUCAACAUUUUUAGAAAACAAGGAUUUUUAUCAUCCCAUUGCUUCUCAAUUAAUUGCUAAGGACCUAGGAUUAUACUGAAUAUAUAUAUACGUUGGGUAGAUUAGUUUGAUUUAGUUUAGUUAUUUGAAAAGUAGACAAAUAAAAGGAAGAUGUUUUAUUUAUUAUGACUUUAUUAAAUAUGAAGUGCAAACAAAAAGUGUAUAGAAGCAUGGAUAGAUUGAAUUAAAAAAGAAAAAAAGAGUAUAUUAAAGACGAUAAAUAAAAUUAGGAUCUUCUUUAUCAGUCAAAUCAAGCGUGAUAUCACGAUCAUCUUCUUUAAAUCCAGGCUGUGCGCGUUUACGUUGAUUAGCUGCCUUCAUCUCCAAUCGUGCUACAAACAAUAAAAUACAGGCAAGUAGAUUACAGGCAAGAUAACCACCUAGAGGAGCAAGAUAACGAGGUGCACUGUUAUCAUUCAUGAAAAAUGGACCACUAUUACAAAAAA